AAGAUCAAAAAGUUUUUAGGAAGUACAAAAAAAAAGAAAAAAUAAUAAUAUUAUAAGAAAAGCAUUUAAUUAGGCAUGAAUAUGGAUAUUGAAGAUGACUUUAUUGAUUAUCCAAAAAACUAAUUAACUUUCAAUAUGAAUUCAAAUAUAUAGAAUGGUGUAUCCAAUCAUGACUAUCAUUAUCAUAGCAUGUAUUUAAAUUAGAAUGUUUAGAGCUAAUAAGCUAGUUAUAAUGGACACUAUUUAGGCUAGAAUGUUAAUUAUUAUGACAACGAAAAUAACAAUAUGAUAAAUCCAUAGUAUGAAGAAAGCAAUUUAAUUUAACACUAGGGCGAUAGCUUAUAUUAUUAGCAUCUCAAUGAUUAUCCACAGCAUAUGAACUCCAAUUAAAAGGAGAAGCCGCUUCAGGCUAUGAGUAUCCAUGAACCUAAUGAUAGCAAGUUUAAUUCUGAUAAAACUAUUGAUUCUUAAAAUUAGACUAGUAGUCCCAAUAAUGAAGAAAAUACAAGUAAAAAUGAAAAGGUAGCAAAGAAGAAGAAAAAGAAGAAAUUGCGCACUCAAGUGUUAGAUGUAAGCCCAAAACCUAGUCUGUAUGAAUACCAAGCAUACCUCCUAAAGGGUAAUGUACUUCUUGAAUUAAAUAGAAAUGAAGAUUCUAGAGACUAUUUGCCUAUCGGAUUUAAGACAAAUCCUUAUAAUGCCUGGAAACCAAUACAAAGGGUUGUGGUCCAUCAUAAUUAUAAUUGCAUAGAAAUAUAAGUAGCAAAUGUAAUUAAGCCGUAAGAGGAUUUCUCUUUCAUUAUUGAUGUCUUAAAAAGUUAUGGAGAUAGUAAAUAUAAAGAUUUAUCUUUAAGUUUAUCAAAAUACUAAAGUAUAAUUAAGUAAACAAAGCUUUUAGAGUAGUAAUUUGCCUCAAUGUCUUUAAAUCCACAAGAAAUACCAAAAUAAAAUACUAAUUAAAAACUACCUGAUAAAAGUAAAUAAAUUGUCAAUUAAGAGGAAUAUGAAAGGGCUUUCUUCAAAUAGUUUUAUGAACGUGCAAUGGAGGUAUUGGGAUCUAUGAAUAAGAAAGGCGAGAAUAUCUUCUUCGCCUUUACAAUGGGGAAAUUUGAUAAAUUUGGUUUUUAUGAAGAUAUGUUUAACUUUGGAGUAAAUAAAAAUUUUUUAUUGCUGCUAGGUAGUGAAAUGGACUCGAUGUCCAACGCUUUCCUUAGAAAUGGAUGGCUCGAAAUAUUUGACUAUUAAACAAGAAUUAGUAAUGCUUUUUAGUUUAUAAAUUUGAUAAACGACUAAUAUGAAAAAGAAAUGCAAUAGUAAUAAAGUUAAAGUGCUAAUUUUCCAAAUAGCAAAUAACAAUAUCCUACCCAGCAAUAAGCGUAAUAGUAAUCUAACACCAUGAAAGAGACUGUAUCUGAAACAGUAGAUAUUGUAAUAAACACAUUUGAUUAAAUAAAAGUUCCUGCUAAAAUGAAAAUCCAUGAUAUAAAAAUUAAAGAUUUUGCCCUCAGAAUUAAUUUAUUCGAUAUAAGUCCUAAUAUGCUGUAAUAAGUACAUGCUAUCAGACAAAAAUACAUAAAUGAAAAAAAAUCUGUCAAUUACAUAUAAAUGUUUGAUGAGAAUUUUAUUUAUACCACAGAAUCAUAAAACUUCUUGUAGAAAUUCUAUCCCAAUCAUAGAUCCAUUUAAUAAAAUAAAAAUAAAAAUGAUCCUUUUGAAGUUCUAUAAUCCUAAGAAGUUAGAUAGUAAAUAGAAGAACUUCGCUGUGGAUAUAGAUUUUUAUAAUGA